AUGGCCUGGAAGGACGCCAGGGUCGUUUUAUUCCUCUCAACAGUUCACGAUGGUCAAGUGUACGUCUGCAAACUACGAAAAAGGCCUGCCCCUACAGCUACAGGCUUCGCACAGACUAAGCUAGUGUUCGGUGACGAGUUCAGGGCCUGGCUGGACAUACCCGUGCACAUCGACGAAUACAAUUUGCAUAUGUGCGGCGUUGAUAUUGCCGAUCAGCUGCGUAGCUACUACAACACCCAGAAGAUUCACAUGAAAACGUGGCGGCCGCUGUUCAGCUUCCUGCUAGACACCGUCAUCACCAACUGCUACAAGCUAUCAAGCUACUGGCCACGGCCUGGCCACCACAGCACCCGCAAGGAUACACAUCUACAAUUCUGUAUGGACCUCUAUGUCCAACUUUGUAAGGCCUCGCAACGGGUUGCUGGACACAGGCGUCCUAUGAACAAUAGGAAGGGUACCAACGAUAUUAUCUGGCAGCCGGUGCGGGAGCACAAGCACGUGAGGCUAUGGAAGAAGCCUCAAAACUGUAGUGCAUGCAUUGAAGCCGGACGAAAGGUUACAAACGUCAAUAGCACAACUAGGAAGCCGCUGGCGGAUCUAUCGGUCAACACCACUAGGAAAUCUCGUAGUAGUCAGGACUGGACGCGCCCACAACGGGCGCCGAGAACUAGAUACGGGUGCUCGUGCUGUUCGAUUCCUUUCUGCAGAGUUACGAGUGCAAACAAAUCCAUUUGCACGGGUUGGGUAGAUCAUAUAGCUAAGCUCAACACCAAGGACUAG